CAUCCCUGGCGACUGGCUGAUGGCGUUUCUCCUUUGCAGACUCCUUAGUGGGGGAUGAGUACAAUGAGGAAGAGGAGCUCCAGAAGAUGACGGCGCUGACGAUAGCGGACCCCAGCCAGGCCCCGGAGCCGCUGCCCCCGUACUCGUGGCCGAAGCAGGAAGUCCAGUUCCCCGAUGCCCGCAGCAACUGUGUCUUCCCCCCGCUGGGGGCCCCGGAGGUCUUGGACCCUGCCGGCCCCUUCAUCCCAGAGCUGCCCCCGCCCGAGCCCACCGGCGCCAUCCCGUGCCCGGGGAGCCUGGAGAACUUGCCCCCCGGGAACGAGCCGCUGCAGCCCAUGGAACAGUUCAUCCCCGACCUGCUCAUCAGCCCGCACAUGCUGCCACUGACGGACCUGGAGAUCAAGUUCCAGUACCGGGGCCGGCCGGUGUGGUCCCUGACCAUCAGCAACCCGCACGGCUGCCGCCUCUUCUACAGCAACCUGGAGCCGACGCAGGAGCAGGUGGAGCUGUUCGGGCCAGUGACGCUGGAGCAGGUGCGUUUCCCCAACACCGACCACAUCCCCAACGAGAAGCAGCGCUUCUACACCCACCAGCUGCUGGACGUCCUGGACCGGGGCCUCAUCCUGGAGCUGCAGGGCCAGGACAUCUACGCCAUCCGGCUCUGCCAGUGCAAGGUCUUCUGGACGGGGCCCUGCGCCGCCGAGGGCACCGGCCCCAACCCCAUCGAGCGCGAGAAGAAGACGAAGCUCUUCAGCCUGGAGAACUUCCUCAACGGCCUCAUCCUAUUCCAGAAGGGGCAGACGCCCACGCCGCCCCCCUUCGAAAUCUUCUUCUGCUUCGGCGAGGAGUGGCCCGACCAGAAGCCCAAGGAGAAGAAGCUCAUCACUGUCCAGGUGGUGCCCGUGGCCGCGCGGCUCCUGCUGGAGAUGUUUUCUGGGGAGCUGUCUUGGUCAGCAGACAGCAUCCGCCUGCAGAUCUCACACCCGGACCUCAAGGACAAGAUGGUGGAGCAGUUCAAGGAGCUGCACCAGAUCUGGCAGAAUCAGCAGGGCCUGCAGGGGCCCCCAGCAGCCCACGCCGGGCCCAGCCUGGAGCCGGGCGCGGGCGUGUGGCCCAUGCAGCAGUGAUUGGGCAGGCACAGCCCAGGAGUGUCCUGCUGGGUGAGCCGGACAGCACGAGAUGCUGCUUUGCUGGGCAUGGGGCUGGCCAGCUCCAGACUGUGAAGGAGGCACCGGCUGGGGGUGCCGGGACUGGGUCCUGCCCCAUCUCCAACCCCUGGGGAGCAGUCGGAGGUUGCAUGGCCCCAGGUGCAUCUCCGUGCCGAGCUUCGCAGUGGCGAUUUUCCAAGGUAGGGCCUGGCCCAGAGCCCAAGGGAGCCACAGCCCAUCCUCAGUCCGAGGUUCCUGCCAGGUGCAGCACGGAGCAGGACAGAUGGGCGCAGUUUACCUCGAAAACACUGCACCCGGCUGCAGCCCAGCCCUGGUUCUCGGCUGGCUGGGCAGGCGCACGCGUCUGCGGCACCGGGCCAGGCUCCUGCUGGCAGGGAGGGGGACAGACUUUGGGGAUGUGUGGGGCUCUCCAGCAGCUUGGCAGACACGGGGCCAGUCACAUCCCCCAAAGGGCAGGCUACCCUUGCUGGGCUGGGUGCUGUGUUGGACACAGGAGUUGCCAAUGCCAUCUCCAGGGGCGGUGAUAAUAAAGCAACCCCUUGUGUACAUGGA